AUGACUCUCGGCUUAGAAAGUGCCUUUAAAAUAGUCUUCGGCAUGUCGCGGGUUCUUGGUGUUGCACCCAUCAGGUUUUCGGAUAUGCCCCGUGUUUCCAAAAUAUUGGUUAUAUAUGGCGGCAUAUUGCUUUUACUUACAAGCUACGUAUAUGGACGUGAGUGUGCAUCUUUAGUAGCAGAGUGGAGUAAAGAAACAGGAGAAGUAAACUUCACAGUGAAGGGCAGCUCAAUGCGCCUGUUCCAAGCGUCCGACGAUUAUAUCAUUUAUGUUUAUGCGAUCGUGAAAAGUGUACCACGAACGAAGUUUUUAUUGAAAAUUGUAAAUGAUCUUAAAAAGGUAACAAUUCUGGCUACCAUAUUCACAGAUACAAAUUUCCCAUUAGCAAGGACAGUCAAACAUAUAGUAGACGACUACAACCCCGACAUAGGCACAAUCUGGAAUGCUCAGAUACUAAUCGUCCUGUUGAUUAUCCGUACUACAAGCGAUGUAAUAUUACUGCAGUUUGUUGUCGUGGCCCUCUUGGUUCAUACUAUGCUGCAGGAGUUCAAUAGGAAAUUGAAAAAUUUAUUCAGUACAAAAAGUACAUCGGAUAACAGAUUGUCGAUCUUAUAUGAAAAAUGUUCGACGAAAAGGAUUAGAGUACCUGUCAAGGACAUUAGUUCAACCAUUGACUCUUUAGGUACUACACUUACUAAAACUCUUGGUAUUGAAUUAGGGGACACCAAUGAUGUGGAUGCUAUCAAAAGAAUGACACAUAUUUACAUUUCUUAUUGCAAUUUCGUACGAGAACUAAAUACUUGUGAAAGUGUUCUUAUCAUGGCACACGUGUACAAAUCAGCAAUGCACCUUAUUGGUAACCUUAUCUUACUGACCUUCUCUAUUUUAUCUUACUUUGAGUACAGCUCUUCUCAGCUUUGGAUCAACCGCGCUCUUUACUUUAGCUCCAUGAGUAUAUUUUACAGUAUGUUGUUGUUCCUACUUGUAGAACCGUCAUAUCAAGCGAACAUUGAGAUUAAACAAACCUAUCUCCUCGUUGGCAAAGAAUUAAACAAAGCAUUGGAACGUAACGAUGUGAUAGAGAUGUCGGAACUGCGGGCAUUGUUAAAACAGCUUCGUCUCAAUCGACCAUUUUACAGUGGAUUUGGAUUGUGCAUGUUGGAAAGACCUCUUUUAACGACUGUCGUCAGUGCAGUUGCGACGUCCUUAGUGUUGAUGUUCCAGUAA